AUGGCGGACCAGCAGCAUGAUCAACAAAAACACCCCCCAGAGAAGAAGAGCACCACCAGACGGGCGACAGUAAACACGCAAAAGGAAGCCAAGAGCGUCUGGAGCCUUUUUCGACGUGGCCAAGCUCAGGCUGUGCAAAAGGGUGAACCUGUUCAGGAUCAUGUGUCCUGUUAUGCCAACUUGCACUGGGACGUUCUACAUGGCUACCUUGACACUAUAUUUCCGGGCUGGGACUUCCAACAACGAUUUCUGGACCUUCGUGGUACCAAGAACAUUGACAUCGGUAAGGCCUUGUCAUAUUUGAUUGAAGCUGAUGGACCAUUAGCUUAA